CCACACUUUUACUCGUAUCACUACCACACAAACCCCACUUAGCUUCCCCGCCGUCGUCGCAUCCCAUAUGCUUCCACACCGGCUGCCACCCCCGUCGAGGAGAUGUCGCCGUCUUGCUUGUAAUAGCUCCAAGGGUGGAAAAGGGAUGGUCAGGUUCCAUGCCAUUGAACUACAAGUUCGAGAGUAUGAGUUGGAUCAAUUUGGAAUUGUGAAUAAUGCUGUUUAUGCCAAUUACUGUGAGACUAGUAUGUUCCAAGUCUUCUACAUGAUUGGAUUCAGUGAUGAAACAUUACCAACACUCCUUGAGUCGUCAUACAAAUUCAUUUCUCCUUUAAGGAAGAGGGACAGGUUCUUGAUCAAAGGGAGAAUAUAUGAAUGCUCUCCUGCUCGAUUGUAUUUUGAAAACUUCAUUUUCAGACUACCAAAUAAAGAGCUUAUUUUGGAGAAUAAAGCUACCGCGGUUUUUCUUGACAAAAGUUCACACCCACUUCGUCUUCCUCCAUUCGUCAAAUCAAGAAUCGAUGAAUUAAACAAAAGUGAUAAGCAACAUUUGCUGUAAAUCAUUGUUUAUGUAUGAUUAUACUAUGUGUUAAAGUGUAAUAAUAAAUAUAUGUAAUAAAUUGGACCUGUUUUGUUCAUAGCAUUAGUACCUUCCAAUUCAAUGUGUUUUGUACAUUUGAUCAUCACUUC